UAGAAGGUAACCACACGAGGCAAGUCACAAGCAUGGCCAUCAAUCAGAUGUGUGCGGCGAUGAUGCUGCUGGCGGUGGCCGCCAUGUGCGAGAGGGCACAGGCUGGAGGGUACGCCCACUCCUACGCCCACCAGACUGGGCCCGUGGUGGGUCCCGCCCACGCCGUCACCGUCGGAGGAUACGGCGGACACGGCGGCUACGGCGGUCACGGCCACGGGCACAGCGUGGACUAUGUCGCGUACCCGAAGUACGAGUUCGAGUACGGUGUGUCCGACGGUCACACAGGGGACCACCACUCCCAGAAGGAGCACCGCGACGGAGACGUCGUGACGGGCGAGUACUCGCUCAAGGAGGCGGACGGCAGCGUGCGCACCGUCAAGUACCACGCCGACAAGUCCGGCUUCCACCCCGUCGUGCACCACUCGCACCACGGAUAUGGUGGCGGAGCUGGCGCUGGGGACGGAGGCUAUGGUCAUGGUCAUGAUCAUGGUCACGGUUGGUAUUACUGA